ACAAAGCAGCAAGCCGUGGCUAUCGCCUCGUCAUCUUUAAUGAACAAAAAAAAGAGAAUAUUAACUAGCUAGCUAUUUUGCUUUGUGGAUGCGGCGCCUGUACAUUUAUUGGUUCACAGAUCACCUCAAUGGGAAAACGUUUCUCGAUUGAGUUUUGUCUAUUUUUUUAAGGCGACAACCUGGACUUGUUUCAAAAGCAGAAUGCAAAAGGGGGGACUAGCUAGCUAACCAGCUAGCCUUCCCGGCGUCUGGAGAAAAGGGACGAUUUAUUGAGUUUUUCCUCUUUCAACUGUUUGACUGAUUAACUUACUGCCAAACUCAAGGAGAUCGUAACAAACAUAUUUGUCACGACAGAAGCCAGAACAAGGGGCACAGCCUUGGUGGAUCCCGGAGCAUUCCUCUGGGAUCGGGAACUGGGAGGAAAUAUACCCCGUGGCUCUGGGCUUGGCCUGGGGGGGGACAGCGCACCUUCGUGGGAUUUCUGAAGUGUGAUAACGAAGGAAAAGAGAGAACAUCUUUUUCUUGAGACCGCAAACUUCGCGUUAGCUUACUGGCUAAGAGAGCGCGCUGCCGAGGAGUGAAGUUGAAUAGGAUUUUUUUAAAGUGUGCUUUUUAUUUGUUUUAAUUCAAGAAGAAUGGCGUCUUACGUGGAUAACAGUUUCCGACAGGCGGUGAUGAAAAACCCAUCCGAAAGAACGCAACAGGACCUGGAGAUCGUAUACUCCUACCUGCACGGGAUGGAGGCCCUGUCCAAUCUCCGAGAGCACCAGCUGAGAAUGAUGUGUGAAACAGUGCGGUAUGAGAGGCACGAAGCCAACGAGGUGUUAUAUUAUCCUGAUGAUAUUGGAAGCUGCUGGUACAUCCUCCUGUCUGGUUCUGUGUUCAUCAAAGAGUCCAUGUUUCUGCCUAGAAGCAGCUUUGGAAAGCGUUCGGCUGGCAGCCUCAGGCGGGGGUGUGAGUGCAUCGUGCUGGAGCCCUCAGAGAUGAUCGUGGUGGACUACAUGGAUGAGAAUGAGGAGUACUUCCAGCGCCAGGCGUCUCACAGACAGUCCAGACGGAGGUUCCGUAAAAUCAACCAGAAGGGCGAGCGGCAGACCAUCAUCGACACGGUGGAGCCCUACCCCGCGGGCAAGCCCCCGCUACCGCGGGGAUACCACACGGAAUGCUCUAAAGCACAGCUCCCUGCAGACUUCUCCAAGCUCCACCUGGCCGACAGCCUCCACCCACAGGUGACCCACGUGUCCUCCAGCCACUCAGGAUGUAGCAUCACCAGCGACUCUGGGAGCAGCAGUCUGUCAGACAUUUACCAGGCCACGGAGAACGAGACGGGAGACAUGGACCUCAGCGGGUUGCCGGAGACGGCAGUGGACUCUGAGGAGGAUGAUGAUGAGGAAGAUAUCGAGCGGGCGUCAGACCCCCUGAUGAGCCGCGACAUCGUGCGGGACUGUCUGGAGAAAGACCCCAUGGACCGGACAGAUGAUGACAUCGAGCAACUGCUGGAGUUCAUGCACCAGCUGCCGGCGUUUGCGAACAUGACCAUGUCUGUGCGGAGGGAGCUGUGUGCGGUCAUGGUGUUCGCCGUGGUGGAGCGGGCAGGGACCAUCGUCCUCAACGACGGAGAGGAGCUGGACUCCUGGUCGGUGAUCCUGAACGGCUCGGUGGAGGUGACCCACCCUGAGGGCCGGCCGGAGAUCCUGUGCAUGGGGAACAGCUUCGGCGUCUCCCCCACCAUGGAGAAGGAGUUCAUGAAGGGCGUGAUGAAGACCAAGGUGGACGACUGCCAGUUUGUGUGCAUCGCCCAGCAUGAGUACUGCUGCAUCCUGAACCAGGUGGAGAAGAACAUGCAGCGCGUGGAGGAGGAGGGCGAGAUCGUCAUGGUGAAGGAGCACCGUGAGCUGGACCGCACCGGCACCAGGAAGGGGCACAUCGUCAUCAAGGGCACGACGGAGCGGCUGACGAUGCACCUGGUGGAGGAGCACUCUGUGGUGGACCCCACCUUCAUCGAGGACUUCCUGCUGACCUACAGGACCUUCCUGUCCAGCCCCAUGACUGUGGGCCAGAGGCUGCUGGAGUGGUUCAGCGAGCCCAGCCUCAGGGACAAGGUCACGAGGGUUGUUUUGCUCUGGGUGAACAAUCACUUCAACGACUUUGAGGGUGACCCUGCAAUGACUCGCUUUCUGGAGGAGUUUGAGAACAAUCUAGAAAGAGAGAAAAUGAAUGGGCACCUACGCCUGCUGAACAUCGCCUGCGCGGCGAAGGCCAAGCUGAGGCUGGUGACCCUGACCAAGCCGUCGCGCGAGGCCCCCCUGCCCUUCUCCCUCCUGGGGGGCUCGGAGAAGGGCUUCCGCAUCUUCAUCGACAGCGUGGAGGCGGGGAGCAGGGCGGCCGAGGCAGGCCUGAAACGAGGGGACCAGAUCCUGGAGGUGAACGGACAGAACUUCGAGAACGUGCAGCUCUCCAAGGCCACGGAGAUCCUGAAGAACAACACCCACCUGUCAAUCACUGUGAAAACGAACUUACUGGUGUUCAAGGAGCUCCUGGCGCGGCCGGCGGAGGAGAAGAAGAAUGGCGCUCCGCACCUGCCCAAGAUCGGCGACAUCAAGAAGGGCAGCCGCUACUCCAUCCCGGACCUGGCGGCCGACCUGGCGGUGGAUGUGGAGCACGUGAUGGCCCUGGAGAAGGGCAAGAAGAGCAAGGCCAACACGGUGGGCGGCCGCAACAAGCUGAAGAAGAUCCUCGACAAGACCCGCAUCAGCAUCCUCCCGCAGAAGCCCUACAACGACAUGGGGAUCGGCCAAUCGCAGGACGACAGCAUUGUGGGCAUGCGGCAGUCCAAACAGAUACCCCCCACGCUCCCCGUCAGCGGGAACCUGUCCUCCAGCAACCCCGACCUCCUGCAGACCCACCACCGCAUCCUGGACUUCAACAACCCGCCAGCCCCGGGUUCGAGCAACCUUCCAGACCAGGUCCUGCGGGUGUUCAAGGCCGACCAGCAGAGCCGCUACCUCAUGAUCAGCAGGGACACCACGGCGAAGGAGGUGGUGGUGCAGGCCAUCCGGGAGUUCGCCCUGACGGCCACGCCCGAGGCGUACUCCCUGUGCGAGGUGUCCGUCACCCCCGAGGGCGUCAUCAAGCAGCGCCGCCUCCCCGACCAGCUCUCCAAGCUCGCCGACCGCAUCCAGCUCAGCGGCAGGUACUACCUGAAGAACAACAUGGAGACGGAGACGCUGUGCUCGGACGAGGAUGCCCAGGACCUCCUGCGGGAGAGCCUCCUGCAGCUCCUCCAGCUGAGCACGGUGGAGGUGGCCACCCAGCUCUCCAUGAGGAACUUCGAGCUCUUCUGCGGCAUCGAGCCCACCGAGUACAUCGACGACCUCUUCAAGCUCAAGUCCCGCACCGGCAACGCCAACCUGAAGAAGUUCGAGGAGGUCAUCAACCAGGAGACCUUCUGGGUGGCCUCGGAGAUCGUGCGCGAGCAGAACCAGCUCAAGCGCAUGAAGAUCGUCAAGCACUUUGUGAAGAUCGCCCUGCACUGCCGCGAGUGCAAGAACUUCAACUCCAUGUUCGCCAUCAUCAGCGGGCUGAACCUGGCUCCAGUGUCCAGGCUCCGGGGCACGUGGGAGAAGCUUCCCAGCAAAUACGAGAAGCUGUUCCAGGACCUGCAGGACCUGUUCGACCCCUCCCGAAACAUGGCCAAGUACCGCAACGUCCUCAACAACCAGAACCUCCAGCCUCCCAUCAUCCCCCUCUUCCCCGUCAUCAAGAAGGACCUCACCUUCCUACACGAAGGCAACGACUCCAAAGUGGACGGCUUGGUGAACUUCGAGAAGCUGCGGAUGAUCGCCAAGGAGAUCCGGCACGUGGGACGCAUGGCCUCCGUGAACAUGGACCCCGCGCUCAUGUUCCGGACCAGGAAGAAGAAGUGGCGCAGUUUGGGGUCUCUGAGCCAGGGUUCGGCCAACGCCGCCAUGCUGGACGUGGUGCAGCCGGGCGGGCACAAGAAGCGCGUGAGGCGAAGCUCCUUCCUCAACGCCAAGAAGCUGUACGAGGACGCGCAGAUGGCCCGCAAGGUGCGGCAGUACCUGGGCCACCUGGCGCACGACGCCAACGAGGAGACGCUGCAGGCCAUGUCCCUGCUGUGUGAGCCGUCCAGCAACACGCUGCCCAAGAGCUCCGGGGACAAGAAGAAGGCCGACACGUCCCCGGUGGUCCCCCGGGCGGUGGCCCCGGCCAAAGCCCUGCAGCCCCCCGCACAGCCCCCGCAGAAGGGGCCCCAGGCCCUGCAGGUCCCCACCGUCUCCCUCUACCCGUCCCGCAAGAAGGUGCCCGUCAAGGACCUACCGCCGUUCGGCACUAGUUCACCUCAAGGCUUGAAGAAAAUCCUGGCCUUAUCAGAGGAGGCGGGCGAGAGGCAUCGAAGGCAGACGGAGGACUCCAUCUCCAACGCCUCCUCCCAGCUGUCCUCCCCUCCCACCUCCCCCCAGAGCUCCCCCAGGAAAGGACGUGGUACUCAGAGAAACCGUGGGAUUAGACAUUCGUCCUUUCACACUAGGAGAGACGUUGCGGGUGGCGGCCAGCUGAGGUCGCACUUCCGCAGUCAGUCAGAGCUGACGGGAUCCUCCUCCUCGCUGGGCGGCGAGAACAGUAACCGGAAUAACAAUGGUGCCCCACGGAACUCUGGGAUAGGGUACCCCAUGGCUCCCAGCGGGACGGUGGAUAACAUGUCGGAUUCGGGGCACAGCGAGAUCUCCUCACGCUCCAGCCUGGUCAGUAACUCCUCUCUGGACCUGAUGGGGGAGGAGCGACGACAACGCCUGUCCAUCAGCGCCGUAGACUCCGCCCUCGGCCGACGCCCCCCGCUGGAUCCCGAUCAGUACAGCCUCGGGUCGUACGCGUCGAUGCAGGACGGGCGGACUCUGUACGCCGGGCCCAUGGUGCUCUCCUCACCCAGCACCGACGAGCUGACCCAGGACCAGCACGAUCGCGCCUCCCUGGAUGCAGCAGACAGCGGGCGGGGCAGCUGGACGUCCUGCUCCAGCGGUUCCCAUGACAACAUCCAGACCAUCCAGCACCAGCGGAGCUGGGAGACGCUGGCGGAGGGCGGGCCGGGGCUGUGGGCGGAGCCUCCGGCCUGGGCGGACCAGGGGGCGCGGCCGGGCCGGGGGAGCUGGGCCUCCUCCACCGGGUACUGGGGCGAGGACUCGGAGGGGGACACGGGCACCAUCAAGCGCCGGGGUGGGAAGGACGUCAGCGCCGACCCCGAAACCAGCAGCAUCACCUCCGUCACGUCUGAGGACUCCAAACCGCCGGGGCGACCCUCCCACAUAACGGUCACCUCCAGCAACGCCAAGAGCCUGAUCACGCGGAAGGAGGGCCGUUUUCGGGAGCCCCCGCCCACGCCGCCGGGCUACACGGCGCUGAGCGUGGCGGAGCUGGGCGAGGGCCCUGCGCACUCGGGGCGGAAGCCUCCGGAAUACAGCGUGGCCCUGCAGCGCUCCCGGAUGGUGGCGCGCUCCUGCGACUCGCCCCUCCCCCCCUCCCUGCCCCACGGCCGCGCCCACUGCUCCCGGCUCCCCCGCUUCCGCUCGCAAGGCCCGCCGGCCCAGGAAGAGGAGGAGGAGGAGGAAGAGGCCGCGGCAGUGGUGGUGGAGGAGGAAGAUGAACAGGUGUCUGCAGUGUGAGGACGGCGCCUCCUGCUGGAUGUUUUUGUUUGUUUGUGGAGAAGCAGAGGCUACAGGAGGCUCAGUCACCCCCUCCCCCCUCUCUCUCUCUCCUGUUGGGCGGGGACACUGACGGCCUCCUUCCCUGCCUUAAAUCAGCCCGGGGGCCUCGUGUCCCCAGCACGACACAUACUGUGAACGGAAGCAAAGAGACAUACGCCUUGGCACUUUGGAGAAAGACAAAAACAGACUCGCUUGAAUUAAAGAGGACAAAGAACAAAGCACAGUGGCGAAACGUGUAACGUGUAACAUUCACACGCUACUGCUGGCUCUGCACCGCCACCCCCAUUCCAAGACUCCUCCCCUUCGUGUUUGCACCACCCUCAUUCCCAGACUCCUCCCCUUCCUGUUUACAAAGGCGCCCUCCAUUCCAAGACUCCUCCCCUUCCUGUUUACACCACCGCCCACACGCUGAGCAUCGGCUGCACUUUCUUCUUUUGUAUUUUCAUUUUUGUCUUUUUUUUUUUCUUUCUUUUGGAUUUUAACCAGAACAAAUCGACUUGUUCAGCUUCCUGCGGGAUCCGGUCAGACUUUUAGCACUCUGGACUAAGACCAGGAAAGAUUGUGCUGAUAUCCCAAGAUCCUUCGCAUUUAGUUUCGUUUUAAACGCGGCGUCGUCCCUCGGAUGACGAAUGCGUAAGUGCGUCUCCAUGACUCCAGUAUUAUUCUCAUUUGACCUGGUUUUCGGGUUUUGUAAGGUUCUAGCGGAACUGGGUGGGAUUUUCCCGGGAGACGGCCAUUGAUUCCAGCCGCGGAGUUCCUUAGGGACGCUCGGGAGCCGUGAGGGAGCGUGGGCGCGGUCUUCCCUCUGCACCGUCCAUCUGCCCUCGCCUGGACGAACGGAACAUUGUUGCUCGGUCCGAUGAUAGAUUUUUGCUGCAUGUGUACAAAAAAAAUACAAAACAAAAUGGCUGGCUUUUAACAACCUGCUCUCUGCUGCUAAGUAACCUCAAUUAAGGACUGAAGAAAAGACUUUCUGUUGGGUUUUUUUUUUUUUUUUCCUGUUAUUGUUUAUUUUUAAAUUUUUUUAAAUUGUGUUUUAUUUUUUGAGACUCCGGGGAAAUAUGAAUAUAUACCUGAAGGCUGCCAACCAGAGUCGGACUCGAAUGUGAGCGACUGCUGGUUGUUUCAUUUCUUUUUAUUAGUAUCCAUUGAGUUCGGCUGAUCAUAUUGAUCAGUAGGUAAAAUUAGAUUUUAAGAAACAUAUUGCAGUUUUUUUCACUGUAUCGUGUAACUUCAGUGCUUUAUUUAAUUUUGUUCCUCUUCUGAGAAAUCUUUAAUUUUUUUAUUUUUUUUUUCAUUUGUUUCAGAUUCUGUUGCCAGUUAUGAGUUUGUAAUUUAAUGGUAAUAUUCAUGAAUUGGUUUUGUUCUAGUCUGGAGAUUGUGUGCAUAUAGGCAGAAAGAAUACUAGUACAAAUACAAGUUGCACAAAAAAUAUAAGCAUAAGGUAACUGUAGUGAAUAGAACUGCUAAUUUCAGUUCGAUCUGUGAUGUCAAGUGUAAAAUGUACAUUUAACAGGUGAUUUCCUCAUACUUUUGAUACUACUUGUACCUGUAUGUCUUUUAGAAAGACAAUUGGUGGAGUCUGUAUCCUUUUUGUAUUUUUAAUACAAUAAUUGUAAAUAUUGGUUAUAUUUUUGUUGAAAAUUGUAGAAAUGUACUGUUUAUGCCUCAACUUCCAGUUUAUAUAAAACUGGGGACCAAUAAAUACAGCAAAAAUCAA